AUGCACCCUUCUCGGCAGCCAUCACCUCGGUCAUUGGCCCCUUCGCCCACGCCUUUGAUGAUGAAUGACCGCUAUGUGACAUUCUCUCGCACGCCAUCACCAGCAGCCCUUUCGAUGCACUCAGCGAAAUCCGAACAAUCAGAUGUCAAUGGAAACACCCCAUCCCCGCUUCGCGACGCAAUGGAGGAUGUCAUGACCUCUUUGCAAGAUAUGGGCAUGCCGCGACAAGCCCCGUCUCCCUCUCCCCCACCUAUGUUCAACAACCCUUGGUCGCCCGAUGCGUAUGAUGAAAUGCGUGGAGGAAAACAAUCAGACGACAAGGGCCGACCUGUGACAUCACUAGGGUUUGAUGGGAAUAAAGACCAGUACAAUGACGGGCUUAUGCAUCGCAAUAGCAUCGCCACACAAGACAAUUACAUGGAGGGCCCACCUCAACUGAACAACUAUGUCCAGAGGAUGGAAAGCCGUCUCCGUCAGUUAGAAGACCAAAACAGGCCGCCUGAGGAUGAAGAUGCUCCUCCCCCACCUCCACCCAAGCACGCUACCUAUCAUCCUCGGCACAAUUCCAUUCCGGCACAAUACCCGCGUCUGAGAGCUCAAAAAUCCGGACAGGACUUGAGAGGAGACAACCUUAGCCGAACCUUUACCUACAAAUCGACAACCACGGAUUCUUCCAGUGGCGUGCAAAGUAUUGGCACCAGCAUGACGGUCAGUACAGACAAAACAAGUCAAAGUCUGAUGAGCGGCCCAUCUGCUGGAGGCUUCAGUGCGACCAGUGCCGGCAGCUUUGCAAGACGGAAUUUUGGUGACCGGCCAAAUACAGCUAUGGACUCCAUCCGGUCCCGGGGGUUCAGCGAUGCUGGAAAGCGACCAGAAACACCCUUGACGGGCAUCUCGUAUCAUUCCAGCCAUAACACAUCCCGGCAGGGCGCAUCUUCGGCCAUCCCAUGGUCAUCGGCAGAUACAGAUGCAGGGGAGCCUUCUGGCGUCUUUGGCGGCCUUUCCACCCCGAAGGGCAAGAAACAGGGCUUCUUCAAGAAGAUUCUUGAAUCUGCCAAAACUGGAGCAGCAAGCGCGAGGAGCAGCAUUUCUGUUGGCUAUAGCGAUCGGUCACAGUCCCCAACGAAAGGGAACAGAUUGGCUGGUGCAGUGUCGCCUCUCCUCAUGUCCCAGUCCAGCAAGGACACGACCCGAGAUACAGUACCUGCAAACAAUCCUGUUGACUGGGUUCAGGUCCGCCGAGAUGUCAACCGUGCCUCUUCUCCCAGCCGGAAUGAGCGGAUUGAGCGGGCUGAGCGAUGCCAGAUGCUUGAUCAUCCGGUGAUCUAUGCGGUAGAGGAACUCGGUGAGACCGCGGAAGGUGAUGAAAGCAUUGAUGGACUACCCAUCAGUGAGCCCACGAAUUUCAACGCGCCAAACCUUGGCCUCGUUGACAAGAGUGCCCGCUUCGUGAACAGUCUUCCACCCAUGACGAAUCCGAUGAGUUUGGCCCAGGGAUACAUUUGCCGUCCCUACAAGAGUGAUGUGCAACGGUUGCGUGCAAUCUUCACUUGGGUCAGCGAGAAGAUUGCCUGGGAGGAGCCCGUUGAUGGUCUAGAUGUUGACCUGAAAAGACUUCUGCAGGCCAAACGCGGUAAUCCGCAAGAGAUUGCUCUGCUUGUCAAUGAGAUGUGCGCCGCUGUUGGUCUUCACUCAGAGACAAUCCAUGGAUUCCUCAAGACUCCCGGAGACACCCUGGACCUGGACAGUCUCUCACGUCCUAACCACUGGUGGAAUGCGGUUCUUGUCGAUGGCGAAUGGCGCUUCAUGGAUUGUGCGCUCGCUAACCCGACAAACCCUGUAAGGACCAAAUUCGUCACCAACAAUUCCGCAGUGGCUGAGAGCUGGUACUUCCUGGCACGACCGCUUGAGAUCUGCUACACCCAUGUACCUAUGUACCCGGAAGCACAACAUAUCUGUCCUCCAAUAUCACCAGACGUCCUGUUGGCUCUUCCAACCGUCUGCCCUCCAUUCUUCAAACUGAACGCCCAAUUUCCGGAUUACGAUACCAGUCUGAUCCGCCUGGAGGGAUUGGAGGUAAUGCAGAUCCGUCUUGUGGUCCCCGCAGAUGUUGAAUGCGCGGCUGAAGUCGAGUCACCUGCAUUCGCUUGCGAUGCCGAUGGUGAUUUCUUCGAGAGUGGUGACAUUGUGCGCAAACGAGCGCUAGUCCAGCCGGACUGGUACGGCGGCCAAAAGCGGAUUACUGUCAAGGCUGUGCUCCCAGGCGAUGAGGGUCAGGGUGUACUGAAGGUAUAUGCUGGCAAGAAGGGGCUCAUGCAUUCCAGCCGCGAUAUUCCUCAUCCAUUGGCACUGGCCCUUCCAAUCUUCCACACCGGAGAGAACCCACCAUACGAAUUUGUCUUGCGCCAUCCCACGCCUCAUGCCCAGCGGCAUGAUCUUUACAUCAUGCAACCUCAAUGUUCCCGGCUGGCCGUCAAUAAUACCUUUGUCUUUGCCGUUCGCCAACAUCCUUCGUCCGGUCCGCCUCCCCCUCCCUCUAAAGAUAAUGAGUUCGUAUCCAACGGCCGAACUUCGCCAUCCAUAUUUACGCGCCCGUCAAGUGCCCUCAGCAUGGUUUCCAGCACUGCCGGCGCAUCUACAAUCUCGAGCGGCUCAAACGAGUUUUCUGCGUCAACCUCGGCUAUCUCGUCCGCAAAAUCCGGUUCCGGUCGAGAAAAGCCAGCGAAACUGGCAAUCCAGUCUCCCUCUGGGAAGAUUCUACGCCUCACCCGUAAAGCUGAGCAUAUGAUCAGCAGCCUUGAUACUGGCGGCACUUCCAUGAGCGACGCCAAUGGCGAGGGCAGUGUCUGGGAGACUGUCAUCAAGAUCGGCGAGCGCGGCGUCUGGCGCGGACUCGUGCUCGCAGACCGAGUCGCGCGUUGGUGCGUCUUCUGCGAGUGGGAGUGUAACUAA